UAUAUGAAUAUGUACAUUUACUUCAGAACUGUAAAAGAUGAUGGGCGUCUCAAAGAUAUCCUUUAUUGUACUGUUAGUAGCAUGGAGCGUACAGGUACCGUUUCUUGUAGGCGAUGCUGAAGGUCUCGCCUCUAAGUCUGGAGGGCAAGAGCCCGAGACCCGAGUGGUGGGUGGCAAAGACGCACCCGAAGGCCUUGUGCCACAUCAAGUCGCUCUUAAAACAAAAGACGGCUGGACUUUCUGCGGUGGUGCUGUCAUCUCCGACAGAUGGGUACUGACAGCUGCCCACUGUGUCGAAAGUCUUAAACCAUCAGAAUUUACCGUUGUAGUUGGUACAUUAUCGAGAACGAAAGGUGGCACAACGUAUGAAAUAAGCAAAGUCAUUGCUCACAAAGAACAUCACAAGCCAAAUAGAUUUAAAAACGAUAUUGCUGUUGUAAGUACGAAAAAGGCCAUCGAAUUCAACAAAAAGGUUCAGCCCCUGCCAUUACCCACAAAGGAUAUCACGUCUGGAUUGUCGUGUAUACUAAGCGGCUGGGGUAAACUUGGCUCUAGACAGUCAGUGCCUGACCAAUUGCAGUAUCUGUAUGUAAAAACUUUAACAGGCGUCGAGUGUAAUAAGUACUUUAAAGGAAUCACAGUCACUGUUGAUGCCAGCCAGAUGUGCACCCUUAACAAACGUGGAGAAGGAUUUUGCCAAGGUGAUUCAGGCGGCAGCUUAGUGUGCAACGGCACCUCAGCCGGCAUCGUGUCCUUCAACAGUCCCUGUGCAACUAAUUUUCCUGAUGUGUACGCUAACACGUACAAUUACCAUUCUUGGAUAGAAGAAAAUACUAAAUCACCCUAAGUAUUGUCAUUUAUAAAUUGUCAUAAAUUUCGUCGCACAAAUUA